CGUCGCUGCAUUUCUUUGAUGGACCAGAAUAAUUAUUUAAUACUUUUGACUACUUUUGACAUCCAUGUGCAUUGUUUUAUAUGCUGAUAGCACACUACGAAUGUGUACGGCUUGAAAUGAGAACUUAAAAAUUGGAAGGACUCAUCAAACUUAUCAUGCAGGACAGUCAGAGCUCAAAACCCGAAGUUGCUCCAAGUACUCAGGUACCGAUUCGCGCAUCUCGCAAGAGCGAGUGGUUACAGAGUGCUUUAGCCCACCAUUACGACCCGGAUCCCGGGGUGGAAAACGAGAUUGUGGUCCUCGCAACAGGCAUCGACCAGUACCUGCAAGAGAUAUUCCAUCAUUUGGCAUACCGCAACGGAUGCGAUCUCGUUACCGCGCAGGAUUUCAGACUGCUGUGUCAUGUCCUGGGGAUUCUUAACUCCGGCGAUGGUGGGGACGAGAAGGGACACGCGGACGAAACUGCGGGGAUUUUGUCCCGACUACCCAGCCAGCUGCACUUCAAAGAUUUUCACGCGCGGCUCUGCGGGCACUUCAGCCUCCGGGUGCGAAAAGGCGGGCCCAACGCGCGCCUCCCCGUCACCGAGGAGACGGAGCACAUCGAGCGCGAGAUCAGGCUCCGGUGGCCGCGGGUACGGAAGAGAAAGUGUGUCAGUUUCAACCUGUCCAAAGACGCCCUCUCGGACAGAAGGGAAAUACCCAGACCUGCUUCGAUUCUGAAAAUGCACAAUCUCCACCACUCGCUGCAGCAGGUGGAGAUGGAGAACGCGAGCCUGCGUGAGCUGGUGGAGGACCUGCGGGCGGCUCUGCAGACCAGCGACGCACGCCGCCUGGCGCUGGAGGUGACGCUGCAGCGGGAGAGAGGGGCGCGGUGCGGCGGGGGCGAGGGAGAGGAGCUGAGGGAGGAGAGGGAGGCGCGGGAGGCAGAGCUCCCCACCACCGCGUCGCGCCUCCCCAGGGGCACCAGGGACCUGCUCAGGGAGCUGGAGCUGAUCCGGGCGUCCCGUGACGGGCAGCUGGAAGAGGCCAUGAGGUUCAACAAGAGGCUGGAGGCGGAGCUCAGGGCAGCCAGUGAGGAGAGGCGCAGGCUGGAGGAGGCGGGGCUGCGGCUGCAGAGGGAGAACGGGCAGAUGAAGAGGAGGGCGGAGGAGGCGCGGUCGGCCCUGUCGCGCGGUCUGGACCGCGUCAGGGAGAUCCAGGAUCAGGCCCGGCUGGUGCCCGGUCUGCAGGCUCGGGUUCGAGAGCUGGAGGCUGACAGACAGAGGGACAGGAGCCAGUGCACCUGCAGAGCGAACAGAGACGAGCAGGGCGGUCCAGCCUCUGUGACCCCUGAACCCCGUCACAUCCUGCUGCGCCACUCUCCCACAGGAAGAGAUGAGUCCUGCAGCAGAGGAGUGGAAGAAGGCCUCCAGAGGGCAGUAGAGGGCCGGGCUGCCUCAGACGAGGAAGAGGAGGAGAGGGGGAGCGAGGAAGGACAGUGCUGUCUGGUGGAGGUGAAGAGGUUGCUGAACAGACUACGCUGCUGUGCUAAAGGGUGUCAGAACACAGCCGCGCGUCACCUGCUGAUCUCACAGACCUGUUUCCAUGCCAACCCGCACAGUGGCAUCGCUGCAACCAUGGAGCUCAGGGGGCGUGGCCACCAGAGCCACGCCCAUCCAGAGGAGAAGGAGAGUGACGUGGAGAAGGCCAGGCAGGAGGAGGUGGAGGUGCUGAGGAUGGAGGUGCGGAUGGUGGAGACGGAGAGGGUCCGUCUGUCCCUGCUGGAGGAGAAGCUGACAGACGCACUGACGCUACUGCUGCAGCUGCGCGCCAAGGAUAUCUCUCGUAGAGCUUUGGGAACCAUAUUCAUGGACACUCUAGACGUCUGCAGCAAAGCUGGUCAUGGCCCCGCCCACGGACUGCAGGUGGUCGAUGCCCUCUGCCAGGAGCUGCUCACCUGUGAGCUCCUGGAGGAGGGGGCAGGGCCAAAGCCCGGUGCCACCAGCCCCCUGCUCAUCUCCUGCUGA